CGAACGGAUCAGCAGCAGUGCUAAAAAUUUCGAGAUAAAGCUCGUGACUUUUCUUUUUUUCUUUACAAAGCUGAUUGAAUACCGUUAAAAAAAUACGAUGCUUGGAAUAUUGGAGAUUAUUAAGAUUGCAGUGCUCAUAAUUUUGCUGUGUGCACAUGUUCGUGGAUUGCCAAAUACAGGUAAUGACUUAGCAACCAAUUCAACGAUAAAGUUAAUAUUCAAUAUGAAAGAUGGGAAAGUUUGGCAAAUAAAUGUCAACGAUAAAUCAGAACCGAAAAUAGUAUCAAAUACGAUAGUUGCUACAGAAAAAUGCCAUACAAACGUCACGGUACCAGGAAGAGCAAACAUCGUUGAUUUGGAUUAUGAUACAGGCAAAAGUCGCGUCCUCUGGAUGUCCUGGAACGAAAGGCUAUACUCAAGCUCAAUAAGCAACAACAACUCCGACCAAUUGAUAUUCUGGUACGAUUACUACGAUUACUUGCAAUUCAGCAGCCGACGCAUCGCCGUGGACCACGUGAACGAGAAGCUCUACUCCAUCGACAGAUUUAUUAAUCCGACUGUCGAGGUUGUUGAUUUUGAUGGCAAACAACGUAGCAUACUUUCCAGCUUCGAAACCUUGGGUAAGAUCAAGGACUACGUAUUCGCUGGUAAGAUGCCUGUUGAGCUGGAAAAUGCUGAUUAUGCGGGAAUGUUGUUCGUGCAGGAAUUUCCGAUGGAAAUUGCCAUAGACCCUACCGAGGGUCUAAUGUUCAUCAGAACGAACAUCAGCUGGGCUAGUAGGAUUCAUCGAAUAAAUUUAGAUGGAACGUCCUUGAAAAUUGUUAUUUUAAAUGCUGGAAGGAUAAAAAAUAAUUGUUGUAGACUAGAUGUUGAUCGUUUGACUAAGCGCAUAUACUGGAAUGAUUGUGAGAAAGGAAUCAUUGAGAGCUCAGAUUAUAAUGGAAAUGAUCGAGUUACAGUUAUAAAAGCUGAUGAUUCUGUUGCUUUAGCAGUUUACAAUAAUCACUUAUUUUGGUCACAAAAUUCAACCGAUGUUUCAACACGUGCAAUUAUCAAAGAAUGCAAAUUACGUAACAAUACGUGUCGAGCAGAUAUCAUUCGAAACAUUAUAUUGAAGGACAUAGGAGAUGUACCUUACAAAAUCAAAGUAGCUGGUUUAGUUGAUAAAAAUAAUAUAUCCAAUCCAUGUGCAAUAGACAAUGGAAAGUGUCAGCAAUUAUGUCUUUUAAAACAUUCGGAUUCAUCCUUGUCACAGUCUAAUCUAAGUUACGGUUGUGCUUGUAAGAUCGGUUAUAAACUGUCAUCAAAUUCCAAAGACUGUGAACCUAUUCUUAAGUAUCUUGUCUAUGAAAGUAAUAAUUAUAUAAGAGGCAAAACUCUAAAUCCAUUAACUGAUAACAAAACUUAUAACUUUCCACCGCAAUUUGUCUGGGGUAUCUUGGAAAAGGAUCAAAUUGCAUCCAUUGAUUUUAAUCCUCUUACCAAUAAACUAUUAUAUUUGGAAUGUCGUAAUUUAUUGCAAAUAGACCUAGAUGAAAAUCUGAGGGGGUGUUGGAGUAUUGCAAGAUUCCAAUCUGAUUGCUACAAGGAUUUGGCUUACGACUGGCAGUCUGGCAAAAUCUAUACUACUAAACUUUUAGGUAGUAACGGUACAUAUGUUCUUGGUGCCGUCAACGUUCCAUCGACUUUCAAACGUCGAGCUUUUGUCAAACCAGAUAAUUUACGUACAAUCGAUCGACCCCUCUCCUUAGUCGUUCAUCCUAAAACAGGAUUUCUUUAUUUAUUGACUUUCAACGCGUUAUUCAAUAAGUCCACAAUAACAUGCAUGAAAGUUGGUGGCUAUGAUCCUAUGAAGUUGAAUAUAAUUGGUUCGGGAAACAUCAUUGGGCUUGCAAUCGAUAAUAAUAAGGAUCGACUUUACUGGUUCACCGAUUCCGGAGAAAUUCAAUAUAGUAAUUUAAAUGGUACUGAUAUAAAAACACUGAUCGUUAAAUCUCCGAUUUCACAAAUAAACUCCAUGAUUAUUGACGAAGAUUGGAUUUACAUAAAAAACAAUAUAAGUAUCUGGCAAAUAAACAAAGAUACCGGAGGUAAUACAACUUGCAUCGUACCUGAGACUAAGGACACAAUAUUAAGAUCGGGAAUGAAAAUUAUCGAAAGAUCUCAAGAUAAUUUACACUAUGGAGUGAACUAUCAAAUUACAAAAGCAGCGUGUAAAGUAUUUUGUGCAUAUAAAGAUGAAAUAGACAAAGAAAAUAAAAAUCCAGAUGCCGAAUUCUGUAAAUGCUCCAAGUAA